ACUGCACCGACAUGGACUCGUCGUCAUCCCCAGGCCCCAUCACAAGUUAAAAGCAGCUUCGCGGCCGUCUUGCGGUACACAAGGAAAUAGGCAUGUCGAAAUACGCUCUUCUCGUUCUGUUGGUGUUGGUGGCAGUGUCCCUGCUGGCUGAGGCCCAUCGUGGAGGGAGGCCCCAAAGACAAAAUCACGAAGGCAGAGUCCGUACUCCUCGGCUGGCAUGGCGGGUUCGACAGUUCAUGAAAAAUUUUAGGUUCAAAUACGGCUUGGACAAGCCGGGCGUUCAAUUCAGUUUAAAUAUUGGCGGAAAUAAUCAAAACUGGUGGGAUGGCCCGAACGUUUGCGAGACAAACACGUCCGACGAUCCCCGAGAGAGGAAUGACGAAAUAUCGUUGGAUGUGGAGAACGAACACCAUACGUUCAGCGUGUCAGAAUCGUGUGACGUAACUGAAACAGUCUACAAAUGCGUACAUACUAAAACUAUGGGAGGAAUCGAUACGACUACAACAAUGGCCAAGAAAUGUUGUAAAGGCUACACAAGAAAAAGUACAGACUAUGGGUGUCCGAAAGAGGUUCACCUGCAGAGUCUGAACAACACCGCCCACAGCCUUGGACUACAGCAGUUCCUGGAGACUGCACACAGCGUCGACCUAACAGAUGACCUGGUGACCGGAAACUUCACAGUGUUCGCCCCAACCAAUGACGCAUUUUCUGAAUUCGGACAGGACAUGGGAUCCGUUCUGAUAGUGUCUGAUUCGAUGAUAGAAAAGCUGACCGCGAAGGUAACCGGUGUUAUGUUAGGACAUCUGACCACUGACGUCAUCACAACUUCGUCAAUGCAUGAUGAACAGCUGAUCACCACGCUCAGCCCAUUAAACUCAAAGAUUCGUAUCAACUUUUACGAUAACACCGAUACCAAGGUCAUGCUGGCAAACUGUCAGCGAGUGACGUCAGCGGACAACAUGGCGACCAACGGCGUCAUCCACAUGGUGGAUCAAGUGCUGUCCCCUGUCACGAAGUCCAUCACUGAAAUUAUCUCCAAGGACCCUAAUCUCACCUACCUCAAAACUGCACUUGGACGUACCGCACUAAGCUCGGCAUUGCGGGAGGAUGGACAUUUCACCGUAUACGCCCCGACCGACGCGGCGUUCCGUCAACUUGACGGAGGUGUGCUCGAUAGGAUUUUCAACCAAUCAACAUGUCUCAAAGAGGUGCUGCAGAACCACAUACUUCCGAACGUGAUUUGUUCCGCCGCCGUUCAGGGUCCGUCCAGGACACGGAACCUGCUCGACACGUAUUUGUACCUCACACGGGACGAGGACGACAAGCUCUUUGUUCAGGACCAUCAAGUGGUUGCCUCGGAUAUCAUGGCGACCAAUGGCGUCAUCCACCUGAUCGAUCAAGUCCUCUUCAUGGACCGCGCUAUGGGUGUGUUGGACAUUAUGAACAAUCAAGUUCCGGCGCUGCUGGACCUGGUUCGUCGCGCAGGCCUGGAGAAUGAUUUACGGAACGCGGAGGAAGUCACGUUUUUCGCACCGACAAGUGAAGCACUAUCAAAUCUAAAUCCAGCCGUGCUUGACGCCCUGAUGAACGACACGACUGCUCUCAGGAAUUUACUUACCUAUCACGUCACUUCCGGCGUCAAUCCGGCAAAACUGUUCUAUAACAAUCAACGUCUGAGCACCCUCAAUGAAGGCAAGGAAAUCCGCAUCAACACGUACUCGGAGAUGCGACAUGAAUCGCCCAGGUAUGCUCAAUGUGCCCUCAUCGUAAGCAGCUCCGCCAGAAUUUGCAACGGUGUCGUCCAUUUUGUUGACCAGGUGCUGACUCCCCCUAGUGGCAGUAUCAUGCACACCCUCAGGCAGGACCCCCGUUUCUCCAGGUUCGUUGAGUUAAUACGACUGACGAAUUUGGAACAGAGACUAGAUGAGGAUGAUCCCUUAACUGUCCUAGCUCUAACCAACGAGGCCAUCACCAACUUACCCGAGGACAUAGUAGAUGCUCUACGAAAAAACAACAUCCGGAAGAUUGAAAAACUGAUAUUUGCAAAUAUCAUUCCACGUACUAUUUGUUGCAAGGCUAUCCAAAACUGGUUUGUCUCGGGCAUUUCAUACCUACGGCCUAUUAAUGGGGAACUAUUGACAGUGAGCUCCAUGUAUGGCGUUACGUCAAUCGGCCGUGCCACCGUUACAGAAUGUGAUCGGACAGCCACAAACGGUGUCAUCCAGGUCGUCGACGGAUUCUCGACCAGAUUGAACAGAAGGCGUUUCUCCUGGUGGAGAUACCUAUAAUCAACAAUCUAUCGCAUGACAUAACCGGGUGUCGAAGUUUAUUUCCCCGGCAGUGUUAAACACCCGAUCUCUAGUCUGCGUGUGUUGACUGCUCUUGGGUAUGUCUUGUUUCACAUACAUUGAAUGUCAAUCCAUUUGUUUCUUUUUUUUAUUCAUCUUUCGUUCAGUUUUAUGUUUUCUGUAAUUUUUGAAGUUCUUAAACUUUAGCUAUGAAGUUUUAUAUAUUUUUUUUCAAAUAAAAUGCAAUCUUAUAAAACCAU